GAGCAAACCCUUCCACAGUGGGGACUGGAGAUCAGGAGGGCUGAGAAACAAACCAUAUUCCCCACCUGAGCGGCUGAUGUGUCCAUUUAUGAGCUCAGAAUGGACACUAGUUUUGGGGCUUCCAUUGGAGGGAUGGGGAUGCAGAGGGCCUGCAGCUUCUGCCAGAACCCUUGGGGCAGGACUGAGUCUGAUUUUUGAGGAAGUCCUCGCUGUUCAUGUGGCACUAACACUUGAUUCUCUGAAGCCCAGCGGCAGGGAAUUCCAUGAGGAUAACCUGGUGGCAUGUGCUCUUGACCUACUGUUUGCUGGUACUGAGACCACCUCCACAACCAUCCGCUGGGCCCUGCUGUAUAUGGCUGUAUACCCAGAAAUUCAAGCCCGUGUACAAGCUGAGAUUGAUGCUGUCAUUGGGCAGUCCAGGCUGCCAGCUCUGGAGGACAGGAACAACAUGCCCUACACCAAUGCUGUCAUCCACGAAGUGCAGAGGAAAGGCAACAUCAUCCCUUUUAAUGUGCCGAGACAGGCGGUGACAGACACAGUCUUGGCUGGUUUCCGGGUGCCCAAGGGCACGAUUUUGAUCCCAAAUCUGUCCUCUGUAAUGUUUGACAAGAAGGAGUGGGAAACCCCUCACAGUUUUAACCCCGGGCAUUUCGUGAAGGACGGUCAGUUCCGGAAAAGGGAGGCUUUUAUGCCAUUUUCUAUAGGUAAGAUAGAAUCAGUUUGAUGCCUUUGUGCUGCUUCCAGAUGUAUCAGGUAGCAAGGGGCUGUGGGCAGGGUGAUGUUCCCA